GGUUAGUAAGCGCAUAUAUUAAUCAUUAAUUUUUCUUUCAAAGUGAGAGCUGGACUUCGUCACCUUUACUACCCUCUUUGUUUUUUCAAGUUGUAUUUUUACGUUCGAAUUUGGACGAGCUCACAGCAGGUCUCUGAGCAAAAUGGUUCUGGGCAACGGCAGCAGAUACAAACGGCUAGCAGCGCUGUACCGUUUUCUACACGUACACACAACGCACCGAGCAACACUCAGCACGCCCGGCCCAGCACCCACCGCUAGGGCGCUGAUCCAGCCAGCAUUAUCACAGGCAGCGCCGGGUGCGCAGAGGCAACCCUGGCAGCACACCCAGACGCGGGCCACCACCAGCGACACAGCCUCUUCGGCUGAGUCGGCUGAGUCGGCCUUGCUGCUGGACAGGACGAUCAGCACCAGCAGCGUGCUCCAGACAGUGCGCGAGUGCCGGCAAAAGCACCCGCAGUGCGUUCUUCUCGUGCGCGUCGGCGACUUUUACGAGCUGUACAUGGACCAGGCCGACUCCGUAGGCGGGCACAUUCUGGGGCUGCAGGUGGUCGACAAGAAGUUCCGCAACGGCUCGGUUCGGUUCACAGGGUUCCCUGCACGCUCGCUCCUGCGGUACCUCGAGAUCCUCGUGAGCCGCCACGGAAUGAGCGUUGCGCUGUGCGAGCAGUUCCAAGAGCCCAUGCGGCGGUCGUUUACGCGCAGGGUCACACGGGUCGUCACCCCCGGCACGCUGAUCGACGACCAGUGCGUGGCCACCACGCGCGUGCACAACUACAUUCUGUGCGUGGCGCCUGUGGAUGCUGCGCACGCAGAGCGGGCGGCAUUCGGUUCCGCAGCAUUCGACCCGUCGUCAGUUGAGUUGCCCGAGCCGGUGGCUUUCGACCUGGGGCUGGCGUGGCUGGACGUGGCCACGGGCGACUUCAUGACCGGCACGGCGUCGUCCGACACGCUGAGCGCCGACCUCGCGCGCAUCCGGCCGUCGGAGAUCCUCGUUGACGAGACCAACGCGACGCUGCGCCGCCUCCUUGCCAAGGCGCAGGCCGAGGCACCGGCCGGCCGCCCGCCCAUCACGCCAGUGCCUGGCGUCUCCUUCCGCCUGGUCGAGUCUGCCGAAGGCCUGCUGGCCGCUGCCGAGCUGGCAACCGGCGAGCUGGCGGCAGCGCGCGCGCUGCUCAACUACGUGCAGGCCACGCAGCUCGGCCUGCUCCCGCCGCUGCAGCCGCCGCGCCAGUACCGGCCAGAGGGCCACGUGCGCAUGAGCGCCGCGACCAUCCAGGCGCUGGAGCUUUUGCGGCCGCUGCACGCCGGCUCGGCUCCCGGCAGCAGCCCGGCGGCAGCAUCGCUGCUGGGCGAGCUGGACUCGACGCGCACCAGCGCCGGCGGCCGUCUGCUGGCCAAGCGCCUGGCCGCGCCGUCCACCGACGCGGCGAUUGUCGAGGCGCGGCUCGACCUUGUCGAGCUCUUCGCCGUGUCGCAGCGGAUUCGGGCCCGCGUGGCUGCGCAUUUGGACGGCAUCGGCGACAUUGAGCGCGCCGUCAACAAGCUUUCGCUCAACUGCGGCGGCCCCCACGACCUGCUGGAGAUCGCACGGACGCUGCGGGAGGUGGCGCGCAUCAAGGCGCUUCUGCGCGCCCACCUGGACGCGCCGCCUCGCCCGCCUGCCAGGAAAUCUGCCGCGCGCCGCCCGCCGGCCAUUGCUGAUUCCGGCCGCCGCGCCGAGAUCCUGGCCGCGGUCGGGCGCAAAGAGCAGGCGAUGGUGGCGCUGGACGCGCUGGCCGUGGACAUCGAGCGCAAGAUCCGCGCCGACGCCGACCGCGAUGUGCGCGUCUUCGGCUUCCUCAAGCCCAACUGCAGCAGCACCGUCACGCAGCUCCACCGCGACCUGCGGCUUAAGGAUGCCGAGCGCCAGGCCAUGCAGGAGCACUGGCAGCGCCAAUACACGUGCGCGUCGCUUAAGCUCGACACCGCAUCGCACCUCGGCCACUUUAUCGAAGUGUCCAAGCGCGACUCUGAGAAACUCCAGGCCAACGCGGAGUUCCGUAUGAUCCAGUCGCUGAAGAGCAAGGUGCGCUUUGAGAACCAGCGGUGGACCUACUUGCUUUCGGAAAUCGACAUGUUGCGGACCCGCGUACAGGCGGAGGAGAUGCGCGUGUUCGAGGAGUUGAGGGACGAGGUGCUGCGGGCGAGCUUCGUGAUCCGGACCAACAGCAAGGUGCUCGCGGACCUGGAUUGCUCGAUAUGCAUGGCUGAGCUGGCUUCGGCCAGGCAGUAUGUGCGGCCGCGGUUUGUUGGCCCCAUGGAGUCGCAUGUGGUCACCAAUGGCAGGCACCCAGUGGUGGAGUCGCAGCUGCUGGACAGCAACCGGCAGUACGUUUCCAAUGACUGUCGAUUCGAGGCUGAUACCCGCGUGCUGCUGCUGACGGGCCCUAAUAUGGGCGGUAAGUCUACGUACCUACGGCAAAUCGCCCUCGUAUCCAUCAUGGCGCAGAUCGGCUCCUUUGUGCCUGCGGACCUUGCCCAGCUGCAUAUCCUAGAUGCAAUAUACUCGCGCAUCGGUGCCCAUGAUAACCUCGCCCUGGACCAGUCCACCUUUAUGGUGGAGAUGACUGAGGCUGCAGAGAUCCUCCGCCAUGCGACCCCUCGGUCCCUGGUUAUUCUGGACGAAAUCGGCCGUGGUACUUCCACUGCGGAUGGCGUGUCAAUUGCCUACGCCACUUUGAAAUACCUCCAUGAUGUGGUGCAGUGCAAAGCUGUGUUUGCCACACAUUACCAUGAGCUGAUUCCUCAUGUCGUGCCAACUUUGAAAAACCUCGUGCCGCUGCAUACUGCUAUUUAUGAGGAUAAUGAGGGCGGUUUUGCGUUUUUGCAUAAGGUUAGGGAGGGCGUUUGCACAAAGUCACAUGCAUUUUAUGUUGCCCAGAUUGCGGGCAUUCCGAGAGCUGUUUUGGAUACUGCCAGGGAAUUUGCUGCCAGCCAUUUUGGAACGAAUGGCCGAGAGUGAUUCAAAAAUAACUAUUUUCCAAUUGUAUAUUUCAAUAUGAUGCCUGUUCAAAGUGGCUUAGCAUAUGGC